UACACACUCUGCAGGGAGAGGAUUUUUUUUUUCGACGAGGAAAACACUCUCUGUCAAAUCGUCACAUGGGGUCAAUCGCUUCCUGCAUCGCGACUGAACUACUUCGUUUUUGCCGCUUGGAUCGUGUAGUGUUAUUAUAUCGUUAAGAUCGCCGUUCCUCGCGCGCCGCUGAUGUCACAUAUUUCAUUGCGAUGAUAAGCAAAGUUAAAAAUGCCAUGUCCUCGCUGGUGGGCGGAAUUAUCCCGCACGGCCACCACCACCAGCACCAUCAGCAGCAACAGCACGGAUCCGCGCAGAACGGCGGCACGGACGGGCUCCCGCCGCGCUUCCCCUACAGCCGCCCCGAGUUUCUGGACCUGACCCCGGAGCUGCUGCAGUACUCCACCGAACACGCGUCCAGACCGGUCGUCACGCUCAAGAGAGACAGCAGGCUGCAGUGGCGAACGGGAUACGCGGAGGUGAUAAAUGCUGGGAAGAGUAUGCUGAAUGAAGACCAGGCUUCCUGUGAGCUGAUGUAUGUCAAGAAGAUGAGUAGCAAGCAUCAGCGCAGCUCCAUGUUACUGGAGGAGGGUGGGGACACCUCAGGCAUUCCCAUGCACUUCUGGGGAGUGUUUGAUGGACACGCUGGCUCUGGCGCUGCUCUCAUGGCGUCCAAACUUCUCCACCGUAUCAUCCGUGAUCGGCUUUGCGAUGUCGCCCAUCUUCUAGAAAAUCAAAACAGCCCUCCGCCUAUCUGCCUGGCCAAGAACGGGAGCCCCUUCCAGGCUGAGGCGAAGAAAGGGGCCUGCCUAGAUGGAGAGGACCAGGACGGGCCCCCGGAUGAGCCGCGGUUCCACAUGGAGAAAGACAUCAGUGUGGAGAGUCUGGUCAUGGGCAUCAUAGAGACCGCCUUCAAACAGAUGGACGACCUGAUCGAGAAGGAGAAAGAAUCUUACAGUAUCUCUGGUGGCUGUUGUGCCUUGAUUGCAAUUCACUUGAUGGGGAAACUCUAUGUAGCAAACGCAGGAGACAGCAGAGCCAUAAUUGUCCACAACAAUGAGGUCAUCCCAAUGUCCAAUGAAUUCACACCAGAAAGUGAAAGACAACGCCUACAGUACCUGGGCUUCCUCAAACCGGAGCUGCUUGGGAACGAGUUUACACAUAUUGAAUUCCCCAGACGCAUCCAACACAAGGAACUCGGCAAGAAGAUGCUCUACAGAGACCACACAAUGACUGGCUGGGCAUAUAAGACAAUUGUAGAAGAUGAUCUCAAGUUCCCGUUGAUUUAUGGGGAGGGGAAAAAGGCUCGAGUCAUGGCUACUAUUGGAGUAACGCGUGGUUUAGGGGAUCACGACUUGAAAGUGUACAACUCCAACAUUCAUAUCAAACCCUUCCUAUCCUGUUGCCCAGAAGUCAAGGUGUACAACAUCUCUGAGCACAAACAUGGGUCUAACGAUGUCCUGGUCAUGGGUAGUGAUGGACUGUGGGACGUUACAACUGAUAGAGAUGUUGCGGAGGCAGUGUCAACUUUCCUGUCUGGCCGUGAGCCCAAUGAUCCCAUGAGGUACACUCUAGCAGCACAAGACCUCCUGAUGCGGUCGCGUGGAGUCCUGAAGGAGCGAGGUUGGCGGCUGCCCAAUGAAAGACUUGGCUCGGGUGAUGACAUCACCUCGUUUGUCAUUCCAUUGGCCGGGGCAGAGUUAGAAACAUGACCAGGUUGGUCCACCUUCACUGGACAAGCACAGCAGGACACGUCCUUGGCUCCAUCCCAGAGAAAGGGCUAGGAAAACCAAGAAAUCCAUUUUCAAUCUGUCAGAUGGCUCGGAUGCGAGAGACGUUAAAUGCAACUUUCCCUUGUCCUCCUUUUCCUCGUCCGAGUCGUACCAUGAAUAUCGUCAAGCCCAUGUCAGGUGUGAGGUGACGUCAUCAAGUGCCAUUCCUCUCGCUCUCCAUCUCCUUUCUGAUUUGUCGAACGCAAACCUCCGCAAGUUAGUACGGGACUGGAGGGCUCAUAAUGUUUGGGUAUUCUUUAACACCAGUGGGUCAUUUAAAUCUGAAUCUCAGUGUGGCAAAGGAAUAAGCCAAUACUGCUUAAACAUCAACGCCCUGAUGGCAAGGGAAAUAAAAACGAAGCACUUUAUAUGUAGCAGAAUCCAUUUGAGCUGUAAUUUAAACUGCUGAUUAUAUUUCCUAACUGUUCUGUCUCCAAAGAAUGUUUCUGUUGACUGAAUUUAAAGGGAUAGUUCACCCAAAAAAGAAAAUACUUUGUUCCAAACCUGUA